GGGUUGGCACCUUGAUCUGAGUUGAGAGCAAUCGUCCAAGCGAGAUGAGGCUGCCCCUCGCCGUCCUGGCGGCCCUCGCGCGCACGGCAGCCUCGUAUUGCUGCUUUUAUCCCGAAACCACGGACCGCUGCGUGAAUUGUCAAUCUAUCGCGGAGGACUCGAAUUAUUGUGCUGCCUCGGAGACCAAGUGUAAUGAGUGCGGUCACGUCUGGUGUGCGGCAAACGACGACAGCACCGCCGCCGCCACGCCCGUGCUGCCGGACGGGCCCGAGUGGCAGCUCGGCACCUACACGACCCGUUACUGGGACUGUUGCAAGCCGAGCUGCGCGUGGAACUCGAAGGGCGACGUUGACCGCCCCGUCCUCGCGUGCGAGGCCGAGACGGGCGAGAUCCUGACCGAUGCGAACGUCGCGAGCGUCUGCGACGGCGGUACCGCGGCGUCCUGCGCGUCGAACCAGCCCUGGACCUACAAUGACGGCGUGUCGCUGGGCUUCGCGGCCGCGUCGGUCGGCGGCAACCAUGGACUCAAUGGAGACGAGAAUUGCGGCCAGCUGUGUGGAAAUCAACCAGUGCGUCGGGUGCACCGACAAUUCUUCACUAAGUCAUUUCUCGGCGAUGACGCGGCCGUCCUGGCUUCGUCGAGCGGCGAGGAAUCGGCAUCGUCACGCCAUCGAGCAGGCCUCGCGUCGAUGGCGUGGAGGACGACGCGAUGAUUCAGCACGAACGCGCCGUAAACUUUUGAUUUCCACACAGGCGGCCAGUGCUACGAGUUGGUGUGGUCGAACGAGGGAGGCGCCCACGCCGACAUCGUGGGCAAGUCCCACAUCAUCCAGGUCACGAACAUCGGCUACGACGUGACGGGCGACCACUCCUUCGACUUGCAGAUCCCGGGCGGCGGCCAGGGUAUUUUCGAUACCGGCUGCGUGCGGCAGUUCCCCGGGGGGCUCUUCGGCGGCUACUACUCCACGGACGACUUCGACUGUGGCGUCCGCUACGGCGGCUGUGCCGACGAGACCGGCUGCUCCCGGCUGCCAUCCGAGCUGCGAGCAGGCUGCGAGUGGAGGUUCGGCGACUCGUACGGCUCGGAUAAUCCGUACGUGCGGUUCCGGCGCGUGCGCUGCCCGGCGGAGCUCGUCGAAAUCUCGGGGAGUACACCUCGGGACGAUGACGAGUACGAAGCCGUCGACCUCGACGCCUACGCCGGCGGCGGACUCUACUCGCGAGCUCUCGGCCGAAGGCCCGGGUUCGCGCUGGCGCUGUUUCUGGGGGGUCUAAUGAUCUAACGCUA